UUGCCAUUUGUGCAAUGCUUAUAAACAUGCGUGUUAUUGAAGGAAUAAGAAGUGUCGGCGCGUGAUAUAUUUUCUGAAUGACAGCAUGGCUAAACGAAGCACACUAUUCAUCAGUAUUGUGGAAGGAAAGAACCUGCCAAUCAAGGACAUAACUGGAAGCAGUGAUCCAUACUGCAUCGUGAAAAUUGAUAAUGAGGCAAUAAUUCGGACAGCAACAAUAUGGAAGACAUUGUCUCCGUUUUGGGGUGAAGAAUACACCGUCCAUCUUCCUCCCUACUUUCGUACGGUGUCUUUUUAUGUCCUGGAUGAGGACUCUCUCAGCCGAGAUGAUGUCAUUGGGAAGGUGUCAAUCAGUAAGGAGCUUCUCACUGCUAAACCUCAAGGUGUAGAUGGAUGGAUGAACCUAACAGAGAUUGACCCAGAUGAGGAGGUGCAAGGGGAGAUUCACCUCCAGAUUUCGGUGCUGGGAGAUGGAGAUAUUCCACGAAAACUGUGCUGCCAAGUCCUAGAGGCAAGAGAUCUUGCAAAAAAGGAUCGCAAUGGGGCUUCUGAUCCUUUUGUCAGAGUGAGAUACAAUGGCAAAACGUAUGAGAGCGCGGUGGUUAAAAAGUCCUGUUACCCACGGUGGAACGAGAGUUUUGAGUUUGAGCUGGACGAGACGCUUUCUGACACUAGCCUUUUGAGUGUGGAGGUGUGGGACUGGGAUCUGGUCAGCAGAAACGACUUUCUGGGAAAGGUCCUGUUCAACAUCAACAAGCUUCAGUCUGCCCAGCAAGAGGAGGGCUGGUUUCGCUUGGGGCCUGACAAAUCCAAACACAGUGAAUAUGAAGGAACUCUGGGUUCUCUGCGUCUGCAGCUACGGCUUCGAGACGAGGUUGUGUUGCCAUCCAGCCAUUACAAGCCACUCACAGAGCUACUCAGCCAGUCGGUCGGCUCUCAGCUCAACGGCAACUUCCCUGAUUUCAUCAUGCUGAUUGAUGAGACCACUACAGCAGAGAGCAGACAGGAAGUAGCUAAUAAUCUAGUGAAGCUGUUUUUGGGUCAAGGGCUUGUCAAGGAGUUUUUGGAUGUUCUGUUCAAACUGGAGCUGGAAAAGACUACUGAACCCAACACACUAUUCCGCAGUAAUUCAUUAGCAUCCAAGUCUAUGGAAUCAUUUUUGAAGGUGGCUGGGAUGCAAUAUCUGCACAGGCUUCUGGGCCCGAUAAUAAACCGAAUCUUUGAAGAAAAGAAAUAUGUAGAAUUGGACCCAAGUAAAGUAGAACUGAAAGAGGCAGGGUGUGCAGGUUUGCACCGUCAGCAGACUGAGUCUGAUAUUAUUCAGCAGAGCUCCAGCCUCCUGCAGUCGUACCUGUCUGAGCUUCUUACCUCCAUCCUGCAGUCGGCCUCCUACUGCCCCCUGCUCAUCUGCCAGGUUUUCCAUCAACUCUACCUCAGGGUUCAGGAACGCUUCCCUGACCCAGAGUACCGGAAGGUGAAGUUCAUUGCUGUGACCAGCUUCCUGUGCCUGCGGUUCAUCUCACCUGCCAUUAUGUCCCCAAAACUAUUUCACCUUCGAGAGAAACAUGCUGAUGCCCGUACCAGCCGCACACUUCUGCUACUUGCCAAAGCCGUGCAGACCAUUGGGAAUAUGGACACUCUUGCAUGCUGCUCUAAAGAGCCAUGGAUGGUCUGUUUGCAGCCAGCCAUACAGCAAGGCAUCACCCAACUCAAAGAUUUCAUCACUAAACUGGUCAACUGCCAUGAGUCAGAGGAUCUUGAGCUUCAGACACGAAUGAGUCUCCAGUGUGGCUCUAUGGAGAAAGAAGGCUUCCUCUUCCUUCACAGGACCAAGGACAAGUGCAUGCCCAUGACAUCACCCUUUAAGAAGUACUAUGUCACACUCAGUAAAGACACUCUGUCGUACUCGCGGACGCAGCACUCUAAAAAGAGCUCGUCUAUUUCGCUGCCAAAGAUCCGGGCGGUAGAGAAGGUGGAGGAGAAGUGCUUCGGCAGUGCUAACGUCAUGCAGAUCAUCUCAAGUGAAGAUUCUGGCCUGCAGGAGACCCUGUACCUCGACUGCAAAAGUGUAAAUGAGUUGAAUCACUGGCUGUCAGCUCUGAGGAAAGCCUGCAGUCACAACACAAACACUAUGAGCUGCUAUCAUCCUGGCAUCUAUAAAGCAGACAGAUGGAGCUGCUGCCAUCAGAAGGAGAAGUCAGACCCAGGCUGUGAUAAAACCAGGCAUGGAGUGACCCUGCAGGAGUGGUAUGACCCAUUGGACCCAGAUCUGGAGGCUCAGCUCAUCUACCAACAUCUGCGUAGUGUCCAGCAUGCCAUGCGAGAUAAGUAUUAUAAGUUGAGAGAGCAGCAAGGAGUUAAGGAAGCAGAUUCAGUAAGAGACAAGAAGAAAGUAGAUGGACUAUCAAAGCUCUUCACUAUUCUCCAAGACCUACAUGAUGCACAUGCCGCGGUGGAGGAGGAGGAAAGAUCAAAGAAUAAAAAUGUUUUCUUGGAAUUACAAACGUAAACAAAGGGACUUUUUAACUGGUUGCAUUUCAUACUGUAAUUCACAGUGUUACUCAUACGCAGGCUUCAAACCUGCUAUUAUUUGACACAUAGAUGAGAAAAGAAAUACUGUACAGUAAGUUGGAUUUGUUCUUGUAUUCUUGAACUUUUGAACCGAUUCUUGAUGGAUAGAUGGAUAUUUAGAGGGCUGCGAUCACAAUCCCUUUAUUAAAGGAUAGUUAAAUGGUGGUGUAUUUGCGAAAUAUUUGGUAUUAAGGACAGUGUUACCUUACUGCAAUGAUUCAAGUGGGUUGCUAACUCAAAAACUGUGUCUUGUCGGCAUUUCUGCAGCUUUUACAUGCACUCAAACAAAAUUGUUUUAACUUGAACUUUUUCAACAUUAAUUUCAACUAAUCAGCAUUGUUCCUUCUUUAACGUGCUUUUGACUUUACAAAGCACCGUG